AUGUCCUUCUCCAACACCGACACCGGCUCCAAGCCAGCAGACCCGUAUAAGGCCAAGAACAUCGACAAUGCUACCAUCAAGGAGAAGAUCGAAGGACUCACCGAGUUCAUCUCUGCCAGCAAAUUCGGCAUGAUGACCACUCGUGAUGGUUCUAGCGGGGCUUUGGUAUCCAGAUGCAUGGCAUUGGCAGCCAAGGAAGGAGGCGGCGUCGACCUCAUCUUCCACACCAACACCGAGUCUGGCAAGACAGAUGAUAUCACCUCCGACCCCCACACCAACGUCUCCUUCCUCAACAGCUCCGGCGAAUGGGCCUCGGUCUCCGGCACCUCUGAAAUCAUCACGGACCGUUCCGUUGUCGAAAAAUACUACUCCUCGUCCCUCAAGGCAUGGCUAGGAGAUCUCGGUGACGGAAAGCACGACGGCGGUCCCCAGGAUCCUCGGAUUGGCGUCAUCAAGGUCACGACCAGGACGGCUACCUAUGCUGUGAGCAAGAAGAAUGCCAUUAGUCGUGUGGCGGAGGUUGCUCAGGGUGUGAUUACGGGUAAUGCGGCGAGUGUUAAUAAGUUGAGGGAGAUUAGCGAGGAGGAUAUUUUGACUUGGAGGGCGAGUAAUAAGUUGGUGCAGUAG